UACCAUUAACAAAAUCAAUGGAGAAGAGAUAGAGAAAGAACCACCAAAAAAAGCAAGUUAUGAAAUGAUAACAAAUGUGGUGCAUGUUCAAGAGUAUUGACUCUAAUUAAGGGGAAUAAAAAAAAUACAAAAAAAUAGAGGCAGAAUACUAGAGGAGUUGAAUUGAUCAUCCACCCCAUUUUGUUAAUUAGUUUCUAUAUAAUAAUAAUAAUAGCACAAAUGCAACCUGAGAAAGUUGCUUCUAGUGUCCAAGAAUCAACACAAGAUCAAUUUUUUGAUCAUAAUGGUGUAGGUUCUUUUAAGUUUAAUGUUCAAGCCCCUGCCUUUGUGCCAAGAAAAUCACAUGCCACCACAAUACCUAUUUCAGGAGGAUAUUUAUACCCAUGCAAUUUUCAAUAUGUUAAUACUAAUAAUAAUAAUCAUAAUAGUAAAAUUUAUGGGGGUGAUCAAGAUGUUGCCUCCUUACUUCAAGAACCAAGUUUUGUUUCAUCACUAUCUCAAAAGGAUAAGCUUCCUGAAGACCUUAGGCUAAAAGUCAUCAAACAGGUUGAAUACCAACUUAGUGACAUGAGCUUGCUCGCGAAUGAGAGCUUGUUGAAACAAAUGAACAAGGACCCUGAAGCCUUCGUUCCUAUUUCUUCUGUUUCGGCUACAAAGAAAAUCAAGUCCCUCAUCACCAACAACCAAUUAACACUUUCUCAUGCCCUCUUGUCCUCUACAAAAUUGAUUGUAAGCGAUGAUGGCAAGAGAGUCAAAAGAAAAAUCCCAUUCACUGACAAGGAUAAAGAGGAAUUGAUGUUACGCACUGUGGUAGCUGAGAAUCUACCUGAUGAUCACUCUCAUCAUAACAUCGAGAAAAUAUUUAAUGUGGCUGGAAGUGUCAAAACCAUCCGAGUAUGCCAUCCUCAAGAUCCUAACACACGAACACGAGGAGACCUGGGCAUCAGCAGUAAGCUUCACGCACUGAUAGAGUUCGAGCAUCCAGAAGCCGCUGAGAAAGCAGCGAUGAAGCUAAAUGAUGAGAGGAACUGGAGAAAGGGCCUUCGAGUGAGGUUGUUGCUCAGACGUUCACCAAAGUCCGUUCUAAAGAGCAGAAAGACCGCAUUUGAGGGCUGUUUAGAUGAUGAAGAUUGGAUGAGUUCUGGAUUAGCAGAAGACUCGCAUCAUGUUUCUAACCAAUCAGAAGUAGUGGAUCAUACUAAUGUUGAAGAGACUUUAGCAGCUGCAACAACAAAGAAAACAUGGGGUAAAGGGCGUGUUAAAAGUACACGACAAAGAAACCAAAUGUACAACGGACGUGGACUGCUUUCCUCAUCACCACAAAGCAGCAAGACAUACGAAGCUCCGGUGAACCAAGUUACAAAAGGACCUAGAAUGCCAGAUGGAACCAGAGGUUUCACUAUGGGAAGGGGGAAGCCCCUGAGUAUUAAUAUUCAAACUGGAGUACAUGUUGUAUAAAUGGAAGAUGAUCAAUUUUGCCCCGGUUUCACUUGGUAGUCCAUGAAAGCCUCAAGUCAAAUUCUUUUUGUUGUUAAAUAUGUGUAUUCAUGUCAAUUUUUUCUAGAACUAAUUAAGAUCCAAAAGUACUAUAUAGGUUAUUAACUAAGGCUAUAUGCUUCCUUGAGACUACCAAUUUUGUUUUGUACAUUUCUCUUUUUGUGAAAAUUAUCAUAUCAUGGGGAAUAAUAUGACUGAGUUUAAGAUUCUGCCUCUCA